GAAGCGGUGCAUGGCGGUCCUGUGAGGAUUUUUGGACUGAUAUGUGGAAGGAAAUAUGGAUGGUAUACUUGAUUCUGACCUGCCAGAAGUUGAUGACAAUGUGAACCACGAUGGUGUGUCCCCACUAGCUAACAGUGACGAUGUGAUCCCGGGAAACGAACAGCACGUGCUGCCGAUCACUCCGGAAGGCGAUGGACUCUCCACCGAGCAUGAUGCCCCGCUGGGUCCCGGAACAAAUGGGAUGUCUCAGGCACAUCAGGACGGCAUGUCUCCGCUUGUUCCCGACGACGACGGAAUAUCGGCCACCAACCACGAGGAUGUGUCUCCAAUUACCUCAGACAGUCACGGAAUCUCUCAUCUCACUGACCACAACAGUGUAUCAACUCUUGCUGCCAGGGAUAACGGGAUGUCCAAUGCUGACCGUGUUGACGUGUUGCCUUUGACCUCCGAGGCAAACGGUAUGUCCAAUGCAGAUCAUAACGAUAUGUCACCACUAACUGCAGGAGCAGAAGGAAUGUCUAGUGGAGCACAGCAGUCGGGUCACAUUAGUGUGCUGCCUCUAGAAGCCACAGGAGAUGUCUGUGAGGGAGUUCCUGGCCAGAAUGUCCUGGCCUGUUUGUCAGAGGCUGCAGCUGCUGAUAAUGCUACAGAAAUUAAAGAGGAAAAUACAGACGGAGAACGGAUGGGUUUAUCUUUGGGAGAGAAUGUUCCUCUUCCAACAUCGGAAACCCAGGUCGUUGGGUUGUUGUUGCAGUCUGCUGAGAACACCCAGGCAUUCCCCGACAACAACCCAUCUCAUCCAGUGAGCAUGUCUCUGCCAGACGGCAACAUCGUAACGAUGGCAAAUGGUCACGUUGUCCAGGCGGUCACACUGGCUGAUGGCACCACAGCUUUCAUACAGCACCCUAAAGCUAAUGAGAAGUUUCUGGAAGGACAGACUCUUACCCUGGAAGAUGGAAGUACAGCUGUCGUGCAAGGAGAUACACCGAAAAGUGAAUCGGUCAGUAAACUUAUAGCGGGUCAGGCUAUUCAACUUGAAGAUGGUAGCACAGCUUACCUGCAGACUACACCAAAGGCAGCGUUGGAUCAAGGUUUGCAGGCCAUAACACUGGAAGAUGGGACCACGGCAUUCAUUGCUCAUCCAAACCCAGAGGCCAUCUUUGCAGAUGGAUCUGGUCUGGAAAAUGGAACAUUGAAUUUGGAACAGCUGACCUCACAGGCUAACAGCCCCAGUGUGUAUCGCGUGACAGGAGACAAGGGUAUUGAAGGAAAGGCUUAUAAAUGUGGCUAUGAAGGCUGUGGUAGAAUGUACACAACACUUCAUCAUUUGAAGGUACAUGAACGAUCUCAUACAGGUGACCGUCCAUUCAAGUGUGAGUUUGAGACGUGCGGCAAGGCAUUUGCGACUGGCUAUGGGUUGAAGAGCCACACUCGAGUUCACACUGGAGAAAAGCCGUACAAAUGUCCGGAGGACCCGUGUGAUAAAGCCUUCAAGACGUCAGGCGAUUUACAGAAACAUGUCCGAACUCACACAGGUGAAAAGCCCUUUAAGUGUCCAUUUGAAGAGUGCAAUCGCUCAUUUACCACAUCAAACAUCCGUAAAGUGCACAUCAGAACACAUACGGGGGAGCGGCCCUAUGUGUGCCAAGCAGAAGGCUGCAACAGAGCGUUUGCUAGUGCAACCAAUUAUAAGAAUCAUAUUAGAAUACAUACAGGUGAGAAGCCAUAUGUUUGUACGGUUCAAGGUUGCGGUAAACGCUUCACCGAGUACUCUAGUCUCUACAAGCAUCACGUGGUACACACGCACUCCAAACCCUACAGUUGUAAUCACUGCGGCAAAACGUACCGCCAGACUUCCACGCUGGCCAUGCACAAGAGAACAAUACAUGGGGAGGAAGUAUCUCAGGAGUCUGAAUCUCAGAUAUUUCAAGCACAAGCAGCUCUGCAAGGAGUUGAAGGCUCUGAGGAACCUCCCGAAAAACGUAUUAGACUUCAGCUCCUUACUAGUGCAGAUGGCAGCACUGUGACAACUGAAGAAGGGGACGGAACUCUAGUGAUAAAUACUUCAGAUGCUCAACAGACUUCCGCCUCGGUGGCAAUGGUUGAAGCCGUCGGUGCCAAUACAUCAGGUAUCGGUGUGGUGACGUUACCAGCCCCAACUCUCCAACAGCUGCAGGAGGCUCACGGCAUCACCAGCAUCACGGUGGGAGAUCUGCAGGGGCGACAGGUUCUUGUCGUUACCGACCCCAGUCAGCUGGAGGCAUUACAGCAACUGGCUCAGCAGCAGCAUAGGUUCAACACACAGGCUGUGAGUGCAGAAACUGUGACCGAAGAAACAAACUCUGAUUCCACUUCUACCUCCGAGCAAGCCAUGAUCAUGUUCCAAACAGAGUGAAUAUACUUCACCAUGUCAUCAAGCUCAUAUUUAAUAUAUCACACCACUUGGAGAUAUGCCGUUCACUGACAUAGCCAGUAUUUUAUAAGUGGGUGGGGAGUCAUGUUAUGGGGCGACAGGAAAAUAUAUAUGCCAGUGAUUCCAUUGAUUCAAUUCAUGAUAAUAUUCCGGACACAAAGAUAAUCAUUCACCAAUAAAUAGUCCUGUUUACUCAGGUUGCCACCUCAGUUAAGCAACCAUAUGUCUUUAAGGGGUCAUUUUGCCCUUUUAUGAAAUCAUUUACAUUACAAAUGUUCCUCAAAAGGUUUUUCUUGAUGAUGCCUCAGUCACAAAUGCACCGGCCGCCAUGUGAUGGGGGGUGUGUGUGUCUGUGUGUAACUGUACAGCGUCCUAGCAUCUGCGACAUCGGGAAAGAAUCGUACGGUUCUCGCAAAAAUCUUUGCCAUGGUCACAUUAGAUAUGGUGUGUUUACGGCCAUCGUAAGGUCACCGUACAAUGCCCGUACAUUGUCCUGACAUUGUAGGGGCAUCGUGUGGCCUCCCUGCGAUGUCUCGAGAUAUUGCAAGGUCACCUCAAGGCCGCUGCAAGGUCACCUCAAGGCACAAGGUGCCCCUACGAUAUGUCUGUGGUAGGUUUCCGAUUUUAAAAAUCAUACGGUCCUCAAAAAGUUAUAAUUCCGCAUUAAUAGUUUCUGAUGACACUACGAUGCCCAAAUAUCGGCCAAAAACUCAACAAUGUCCAUAGGAUGUCACCAACGCCCAUAGGAUAUUCGUAGGAAAUUGUCAAAAACACACAUCGUAUGGGCACUUAUGAUGCAUUUGUGACACACUAAAAUGUAGUUUACAAUAUAAAGUUGCACCAAAGAUACAGUAAUAUAAUUGGUACUGUUCUUUUUAAUGAAUUGUGAAGUAUGUAUUAAAAAUUAAUGUUGUGUCAAACUUUGAUCAAUGUCAUAUCUUACUAGAUAAGAAACACUGAUCUCAGGUAGCAUUUUAAUACUUUCUGAUAUGGUUGAUACAGGUUUCUCUCAUACAGUGUGAUAUGACAAUUCUACAAAAAUAUAUUGAUCGCUAAUCUUGUUGAUGAAAACUACAUGUACUGUAAAUUAAAGCAAACAGCUGAUAUCCUCUUAUAUAACCAUGUAUCUUUGCCUGGAAAUUGAUUAUAUUUUUCCAUCAAAAUAUCAUUUACAGUCGAACCUCGUUAAUCAGGACAGAAUUGUUUUCCCACAAAUUGACCGGAUAAACGAAUUUCCGGACUACUGAAUCAUGUCCAGAGUAGUCUCUCUUUGAUUACAAAAGAUUUUUUAAAAAAGCAAAAAAAAAAAGCAUGAAAUACAAUCAUUUAUUUGUUUAACC